AUGGUCAAAGACCGCAUGUUGCGCAUCGUCAACACCAAGUUCGGGAGUGGCCGCCUGGUGCUCAUCGGCGGCAUCCAGCUGAACAUGCCGUACCCGGAGUUCGACGACCAUUUCCUCCCGCUCAUGUUCGAAGUUCGCCAGGAGGGGGAGGCCACCAUCGACCUCAUGGAUACGUUUUCGAACAUUUCUACCCAGCAGGACUUGACGCGGUCGCCGUGGGCUUCGGUCGGGGCACAGCGCGAGGUGUUCGCAUGGAUGUCAUGGAGCCCGCCCGCGCAAUCGCCCGUGUACCAGUCGCUGCACAAGUUCUUCCCAGGCGCCCUCCCAGGCGAGGCGGUUCACCGCCGGUCCAUGCAGGUUCUGCUGAAGUACGGGUUCACCUCCGAGAACACCCUGCUGGGCACCUCGUUCUGCCCGGACGAGAUCAACAAUCAGUCUGACUGCAUGGCCGUGUAUUUGCAGGACUACUGGGGCGAGGUGUUCCCCAUGGGCGGCAUCAGUGGCACACCGUUCACGGGCAAGACCGGCUUCGGGGCGUUCUCCAGCCACGUCGCCGACGAGGGCAACAUUUUGGUCGCCUUCGGACCCCACGUCGGCAUCUCCGAGGACGGCGAGGUGGGCAAGAUCCCGCGCAAGGGCCAGGCAAAGAUCUCCUCGGCGUGCGGGGCAGUGAUUGGCGCCUACAAUGCGUGCCAGAGCGGGUGGACUGAGGACAGCACGGACGAGGAAAGCUACGACAUGCAGAUGGACUUCUGCAAGCGUCAGAUCGCACCCCACUCCGAGGCCAUUUCGAGGACCGAGAAUCCGAUGGCCGCGCUGUCCCACCAGUCCUACUACAUGGUCAAGGACAGCAUGAUGCAGUCCGUCAACACCAAGUUCGGGAAUGGCUAUCUGUGCCUGCUCGGCGGCAUCCAGAUUAAUUUGCCCCCCGGCAUCCCAGAUCACUUCUACCCGGUGACCUUCGAGCUGCGCAAAGAGGGUGAGCCGACCAUCGAUCUGAUCAGGGAGAUGCGCGAGUUCAGUUAA